GUGUACCCGGCAUAUGAUCAAGCGGCUGCUGCAAUCUCAUCACAUUGACGUUGUCAAACAUCUCUUCUGCAUUGAAAAGGAGGGAAUUAUUCCGGAACGAUGCCGUACGCCAAUCAACCCUCUGUGACGAUAACGGAUUUGACUGAAGAAAAUGUCAAGUUCGUCUUGGAAGACACAGAUCUAAGCGUUGCAAACAGUUUGAGAAGAGUAUUUAUAGCAGAAACUCCAACAAUGGCUAUUGAUUGGGUUCAACUCGAAGCCAAUUCGACAGUUCUUAGUGAUGAGUUUCUCUCACAUCGCAUUGGACUGAUUCCGUUAACAUCAGAUGAAGUUGUUGAUAGAAUGCAGAACACCAGAGAUUGUAACUGCAUCGAUUUCUGUCCUGACUGUAGUGUGGAAUUCACUUUGGAUGUUAAAUGUAAUGAUGAUCAGACAAGGCAUGUGACCACAGCAGAUCUUGAAUCAAAUGACCAACGCGUUCGACCUGUUACUUCAAGGAACAGGGAUGAUGAUACAAGUGAAUAUGGGGAAACUGAUGAUAUAUUGAUUGUGAAGCUCCGUAAAGGUCAAGAAUUAAAGUUGAGAGCAUACGCUAAAAAAGGGUUUGGUAAAGAGCAUGCUAAAUGGAACCCAACUGCUGGAGUGUGCUUUGAGUAUGAUCCUGACAAUAUUAUGAGACACACUUUAUUUCCCAAGCCAGACGAAUGGCCAAAAAGUGAACACACUGAACUUGAAGAGGAUCAAUAUGAGGCUCAAUUUAAUUGGGAAGCUAAGCCGAACAAGUUUUUCUACAAUGUUGAAAGUUGUGGAUCACUAAAGCCUGAAAACAUAGUUACUAUGGGAGUAGCUGUUUUGAAGAAUAAGCUCUCCAACCUUCAGACGCAGCUGGCUCAUGAAGUACAUGAACCUCUUGCAAUCCAGUGAUUUAGUUAUUUGCCCAAGCCUGAUACCGACAGGUAGAUUUUAGACAGGAUCUACCAACAGUCAAGCCCAGCAUUGUUUUUCAUUCAAAAAAUGUAUCCUAUGUAAUGUGUCAUAAGAGAUAUUGAAAUUAAACACAGUAUACUGAUCAACAA